AUGGAUCAAUCUGACUUUUUCGCAGAGGUAUCUGAUAACGAAGCUUUGGAAUUCUCUGAUUUCUGGAGUUCUACUGGCAUAGAUAAACAGGUUCUUCAAGGUGCAAAGUUGCGAGAAGAAAAAUCUAAAUACAUUGAAUAUGUGAAAGAGUGCAAACCAGUCAAUAUCGACAUUGAAACUGCCUCAUUCAAAAGGCUUUCGUGCAAACGAAAAAGGAAAUCUGAAACUUCUAGAAAAAGAGAGACAAAGACUUGUAAAGCAAAAUUAUUUUGCGCUCUAUUUGGUCAUAGAAUUACUAUGAAGUUGUCACCGCCAGGAUGUAUACCAAUGGAAAUGAGCUUAUUAAACUUAUCUGAAAUAAUUAAUGAGGAAAUUACUCAACUCCUACACAAAGGAAAGAAACUAAGAGUAAAUAAAAAGAUUCAAGCUGAAAUUUCAGAUAAGGUUACUGUAUGGAUAGCAAGAGUACUAGAAGACGCAAAGAUGAAAAUUAUGUUCGACGAUUUGGAGGAAUUAGAGGAGCAAGAGGGACAUAUAUGGGAUAUAUUAGACGAUAUUAUCGAAACAGUAUCAGAACACUGUAAAUCCGAAAGCAUGUCUGUUAUAUAUAGCAAAGUCGAUGAUUCAAGAACUGGGAGCUAUAUGUCAAUAGACAGUAAUAAAUCAAGUCCUACAUUUAUUAAAACGAAUGCAAUCGAUUUAGAAAAUCAUAUUAACGGCAGGAGUGAAAGUGAGGUCACUAAAACUGAUAUAAUGCAAGCGAUCUUAUCUGACAUCAUUAGUGACAUCUGUGGUUAUGAGAGUACAGCAAAAAUAUCAGAGUAUAUGAAAUCAGUAAUUUAUGACAGCUUAUCAGAAAUAACAAGUGAUACUGAAAAAGAUCUAAAUAUAAUAAAUAAUAAUGAAGGAAAAGAUGGAUCUAAGACUGUAGAAGGUGAUAACAUUAUAACAAUUGAAAAUACUAAAACCGUGUCUGAAAAUGACCUAAAAUCACUUAAUAAGUCAAAUGUGCCUGACAAACUUAUACGUAACGAAUCUAAAUCGGACAUAGUCACUAGCUAUGUUACCGAUCACGCUUUAACCGAGGACGAAAUUUUAACAAAAGCGAAAGAUAGUUAUGAGGAUAUUACAAAUAAAGGGAAUCAGAAUGACGAACAAGGAAAGAAGGACAAUGUUAUAAAAAUAAAUGAAAAAGAACACCAACAAGAUUACAGCAAAGAAAUUCCACAAGAUUCAACUCUAAAUUCGGAAGAAAUAGCCUCCAACACAGUUUUAGCAGAAAAAUUGGGAAAUCCUAUUACCGACGAUCCUACACCAAUAUAUUCUCACAGUGAAGUUGAAGAAUCUGUUGACGAGAGCCUUAAAAAAGUAAAAUUUUCUAAUAUCAAUUUCGAAAGCAUCAGAAGAACAAUAGACGUCGAUGCCAAAGAGAGAUUUGAAGAAGAAGGAAUAUUUCUUCAUAAAAAACUGUCUUCUACCUCAUCACGAAGCCUAUUUAAACACAUUAACUUUUCACCACCAAACGCGCGUCUGUUAUCCGAUGCGGAUGAGUCUUGGCCGGAAGACAUAUUACCUCCAACUAUAAAGAUUUCGGCCUCUGCAAGCAAAUCUGUAACGUCCUUAGGUUUUAUUGAGGAAACAGAUGAAAAGCUAACAAUCUCUCCUGAUAGAGAUAAAAUGAAAGAAAGAAGUAAGGCAUAUUUAGAUGAAACCUUUUUGGCAGAGCUUUCUAAUGUAUGUGAAGAAGAUAAGGAAUCUACACAAGCAUCAUAUAAGAAUACAAUUGAUGAACGACAAAGACAGGAAAAACUUAAUUCCAAUAAAAACAUUACCAUUGAAGCUACAGUUGGACAGUUGGACACGACAAAUCGUCAAAAUUUCAAUGAAGUAAAGCAAAUACCAAAUCAAUACGUCGAAGAAACAUUUACAAAUGAUCUAAAUAACUUUGAUGAAUCAAACACGAAUAAAAAUGAAAGUUUUUCAAAUGAAAAUAAAUCUAAAAGAAAUCUUAAAUCACAUUAUGACACCAUGAAAGAUACGCCUUUAUUACCUUACGACCAACAAGAUACUGAAAAAACAAGAAGUGACGCAAAACAUGGAAAAGAAAUAAUUAAAAAUCUGGCAAUAGGAGCUAAUGCUUGUGAGAAUAAUAUUAAUGUCAGCCACUGUUACGUUGACUCAGAAAUAAAACUUAUUGAAUCACGGCUUAUAACUCCGAAAAAACGAACGCAAAUAAAUGGCAACAAGACAAGUAAGAAACAAAAUGAAAGUAGGUAG